CAACGAGACCGGAAAAAGCUGUUUCUUCUGAACGGAAAACGGCUCCCAGAUAAGUUAGACGUAGUUUAAUCAGCGUUUUGAAACAAUUUCACAUCGGUUUUUUUUUUCUGGCGUUAAUUCCAUCAAACUACUGGGCUUCGUCCCGCCAACAGUGAACUCAUCCGGCUAACUCGGUCUGCUGAAUAACUGUAACGUGUCCGUUACUUCACGUUAUGUUAACAAGACGGGAAGCACCGCUGACUUAGCACCGAAGUUAACGUUAGCGGUGUCGAGCAUACCAACGGACCCGCUCACGUUGACCCCCACAAGGCCAGGAGACGAUCAAUAACCGUGAUUAUAAGCCCUUUUUUUUCUCUCUGCCGGAUAUAUUGUUUAGCCGGGGUUUAUGUUAACGUUAGCUCUCUCGCAGAUUCGACACGGUAACCGUUAGCCACGUCUCGGUGUGGCUAGCUGAGCUGCCUUAUCGUCCAGGGAGAGGAUCAAAGAAACCGCUGCGUCGUGUUUAAAACUGUCUCCGCAUUCUCUUUUACGACGUGUACAUGUCCUGUUCUCAUGAAGUAGCUGCGCGGUAACCCAGCUGCUAUGGUGGACGCGAUACUGCUGCUGCCGAGUUGAACGACUGACGGUGAGACAGCCGGUCCAGUAUGAAGGCCCUCGGAUCCAGAUUCUCCUUCUGUGCGGGUUUCGUGGUGGGCACCUUCACGCUGUACGUGUUUCUGCGGCAGGUGUGCUUUGAGAGGACCUUGUCGGCGCAGCAGGCCAGCAGCUUCGAUCAACUUCAUGACCAGCAGCAACAGCUUGAGGAAGAGAGGACAAUAUGGAAGAAGGACAGGUCUGCUCUUUUCAACCUGAGGCACCCUCAUCAUACAGGUGAGGAUAGCGGCAUGGCUGAUGAGCUAUACAAAAAGGUGCGUAUUCUUUGCUGGGUGAUGACUGGACCCAACAACCUGGAGAAGAAGGCUCGGCAUGUGAAGUCUACUUGGAGUCGCCACUGCAAUGUUGUGGUCUUCAUGAGCUCUGUGGAUGACCCGGACUUCCCCACGGUGGGCUUAGGUACAAAGGAGGGUAGAGACCAGCUGUACUGGAAAACGAUCCGGGCUUUCCAUUAUGCCUAUGAGCAUCACAGCAACGAGGCGGAUUGGUUCCUCAAGGCAGAUGACGACACCUACGUAAUUGUAGACAACCUGCGUUGGGUUCUUUCGAACCACACGCCGGACGAGCCGAUUUACUUUGGCCGAAGAUUCAAGCCAUACACCAAGCAGGGCUACAUGAGUGGCGGCGCGGGCUAUGUGUUGAGCAAAGAAGCUCUGCGGAGAUUUGUUGAAGGAUUUAAAAGUAAACUCUGCACUCACACUACCUCUGUAGAGGACCUGGCAAUGGGGCAGUGCAUGGAGAAGGUUGGAGUGCUGGCAGGGGACUCCAGAGACACUGUGUUCAGGGAGACAUUUCACCCAUUUGUCCCCGAGCAGCACCUCACUGCCAAGUUUCCCAAGAGCUUCUGGUAUUGGAGCUACUGCUACUACCCAAUCUCAGAGGGACCAAACUGCUGCUCGGACGUGUCCGUGUCAUUCCACUAUGUAGAUGCUUCACACAUGUAUUUAUUAGAGUACUACACAUAUCAUCUGCGUGCCUUUGGCUACAGAUAUCGUUACCAGCCCCCCGCCCCACUAGGGUACAAUAUUGAGCAGUCAAGUUCCCACGAUGCUGCAGAGGGAAAAAAAGAGCUGACUUCUCAUGAGAAAGGGCAAGGAGAGGGGGAUGAUCCAUCCAGGACUGACAAGAGACAGGCUAUAGAUCCCCCUCCUGCUGCCGGUAAGGACCCUCCUGCUGUUCCAGCAGGCAAAUAACAGUUUGACUGUUGGUAUGUCAAGGAAACUGCUUAUUCAUUCUGAUAAUCUUCGUAGAAAAAUCCACUUUCAUUCGAAAUGUCCCCCACACACAAGUGAGUUUCUGAAGGACUGCUGCUAAUGUGAAUUGUGACUGCAAGACUGGUCUUCAGGCUAAGAGGUAAUUUAUGACUUACCCUCGUUCUUUCAGUUUUCUUUUUUUAAAAGUGGUUUUACAUUUGAACAUCAUCUUUAGAAGUUGGGAAUGACUGUCUUCUUCACUCAUUUAUUAAUGAACUAAAGCACCUUUAUAAUCAAUAUGAACGUAGUAUGUUCCAGAGCCAGUUAAAUUAGAUUUGUCAAAUAUUUUAUCUUUUUCUCGACUAUUGCAAAUCCACCAAAACAACUUGACCUUGCAUUCGCGACAGCGAUGUGGUUUGCUGGAGUGGUUUGACUUAAUUUCACACAGAUGUCUAUAUGCUUUGAAAGCCAAUAUGUCAAGAGCUGAUCAGCAGUCGGCUAACGUUUUUCAAAUUCAAUUAAAAUCAAAGUGCCUCACCUUGUACAUCAAUCAAACCGCCAUUUGUCCAGUGAUACAGGCAUUUCUUUUAAGCAUACUGUAGUUAACUAGUUUCCAUGUCAAUUUGAUGCAUCCAAAACUUGUCAGGCUGCAUUCAGAAGCAUUUCCACAAUACAUGCAAGUAUAUACACAAUCUGUGGAGGACUUAAUCCUUUUUAUUUGAUUGUAUGCUGCAGUAG